GUCAACACUUGCACUCUCCCAACUAGGUCUUCUCUUAUGGCCUUUAAAGAAAUACCUAAAUCGUUUUAGAUCUGCAUCAAUCUGAUCCCACAAGCUACUUAGGACGCACAUACGCCACCAUGUCGACACUAUCAUCAUGUCCUUUCUGUAACAUCGCCAGCACAUAUCCGCCCAUCCCUCCAACAGCCUUCACUCCAGCAAAUGCUCGUCCCAAUUUUCAAAAUACAACCAAGUCAAAUACCUCACCAAUCCCACUACCGGAUUCAUCCGAUCCAACCCAGCCCACUGCACAUCUGAUUCUGUCCACCAAACAUGUACUAGCAUUCUUGGACAUCAUGCCUUUAACCCGAGGCCAUGUACUAGUGAUCCCGAGGACGCAUUAUGAGAAAAUUGGCGACGUAGAUGUUGAAGUCAGUCGCGAGCUCGGCCAAUGGCUCCCCAUCCUCUCGCGCGUCGUUAUGCGGACAAUCUCCGGUGAAGAUGACCGCUCCGAUUGGAAUUGGAAUGUGGUACAGAAUAACGGAAUCAGGGCCGCGCAACAGGUCCCUCAUGCCCAUUUUCAUAUCAUUCCUAGGCCGUCCUCUAAUCCGGCGUCUAAUGCUGCCAGGGCGAGCUUUGUGAUGUUUGGACGUGGGCAACGAGAGGAAUUGGAUGAUGAUGAGGGAGAGGAGUUGGCGGGUUUGUUACGGGGAGAGUUGGCGAGGGAGGUUCUAAAGAUUAGGGAGGAGGGUGUGGAUUUGGAGUGUGAGGUACCUUCUGAUGAUGAUGAUGAUAGGAGAGUGAAGGGGAAGCUUUAAUGGUAUGAUUUUUUGUUUAUUCUUCUAUGGAUAUGCUUCUUUGUGUUUUUUUAUUUCGUUUUCAUAUCAGCUUUGUUGUGGUGCAGGGCUUCCUUUCUCGGGUUUCUUGUUGGGGUUUUUCGUGAAGUACUGAAGGGGUUCUUGUUAGUUAUGAUCUUCA